AUUAUCACGGCGGCGGUGGCGGAGCGUAAGGCGAAGGAGUAGCAGCAGCAGGCGGCGCCGAGUAGCGGCUCCCCAUCUCGAGCUUGCCACCAUGGCUAGAGGAUUGAAGAAGCAUUUGAAGAGGCUCAAUGCCCCCAAGCAUUGGAUGCUGGACAAGCUUGGCGGAGCUUUUGCUCCCAAGCCAUCUUCUGGACCUCACAAGUCUAGGGAGUGCCUGCCACUGAUCCUCAUCAUCAGGAACAGGCUCAAGUAUGCUCUUACAUACCGUGAGGUCAUUUCCAUCCUGAUGCAACGCCAUGUACUUGUUGAUGGCAAGGUCAGGACAGACAAGACCUACCCUGCUGGGUUCAUGGAUGUCAUUUCCAUCCCCAAGACCAAUGAGAACUACAGGCUGCUGUACGAUACCAAGGGCCGCUUCCGCCUUCACCCAAUCAGGGAUGAGGAUGCUAAGUUCAAGCUUUGCAAGGUUAGGUCUGUUCAGUUUGGGCAGAAGGGCAUCCCUUAUCUGAACACGUAUGACGGCCGCACCAUCCGCUACCCUGACCCCCUCAUCAAGGCCAACGACACCAUCAAGAUCGAUCUGGAGACCAACAAGAUUGUGGACUUCAUCAAGUUUGAUGUUGGCAACGUCGUCAUGGUGACUGGCGGAAGGAACACUGGCCGCGUGGGUGUUAUCAAGAACAGGGAGAAGCACAAGGGCAGCUUUGAGACCAUUCACGUGGAGGACUCCCUGGGCCACCAGUUCGCCACCCGUAUGGGCAACGUGUUCACCAUCGGCAAGGGUAAUAAGCCGUGGGUGAGCCUGCCCAAGGGCAAGGGAAUCAAGCUGAGCAUCAUAGAAGAGCAAAGGAAGCGGGAUGCCGCUGCCCAGGCUGCUGCCAACGCAUAAAUCCUCUGAAUGUGCUGUGUUGAGAGUUUUUUCUAGUUGCUCUGCAAGGAUAUAGAACAAUGUUCUAAGACUACCAUGUUUUUAAGUCUGCCUGAUGCUUAUAAUUCAUGAACGAUUUUUGCAGCUAGCUGUAAUGUGACUAUUUAUCUUAUCUGCUUGUUCAACCCUGUUGUCGUGUGUUGAUUCUCUGUUUCAUGGUCUUUUCACUCGACAGAAACAGUUAUUUCUUAAGAACUUCACCAUUAUAUUCACAGCUGUGAACUAUGAUAUUGGAAGUCUUUGGUCAUUUUUCGUUGAACUAUUUUGCUGAAAGUUUUUUCCGAGAAA